ACGCUGCAGGGCGGAGACAAUAAACACAACUUACCUUUUUAAAAGCGUCUGUUGUAUCGCUUAUAACUUCUUCUAGUCACUUAGGGACUCAGACAGAAGCUGAUAGACAAAGACCUCAUCCUGAGUUAAUUGGUUACCGACUUAAAUUCGGUUAUCUACAGCGACUACGUGUUGAGGACGUGGCCAAGUGUGAGCGCUGUUGCCGUGCAAAUAAGUAGCACUAUUACUUCCGGAAUUCAAUCAAUGGGCUCGCGCAGUUACAACUUUAUUUGUUUUUAAGUCGUACCUGUGUGCAUGAUUGUAAAGUAUAGCCUUUAUUAGAUGAGACACCUGAGACCUCUUCCACAAAAUAUCCCCUUCAAGAGUUGCAUCGGAUGGAUUAUUUAAGCCUUAUCGCUUAAGCCAAACUGAAAUCUCCCUGAGAGAUGGUGGAUGAAUCUGUUCUCAUCUAAAAAGAUGCCAAACCAAAUGAGAUGUUUUUUUGUAUAAUUUGCCAAAUUUCUUUGAAUUAGUUAUAUGUUUGGAUUAUUUAAUAUUCUACCAGUAAAUAUUUAGACAUGGCAGCAACAAUGGAGGUAGCAGACAUUGCAGUUGUUGGACUUUAUUUUAUCCUUGUGCUGGGCAUUGGAUUCUUUGCCAUGUGGAAGGCCAACCGCAGCAGUGUAAGUGGUUACUUUCUGGCUGGUCGAACUAUGAACUGGGUGGUGAUUGGAGCAUCACUGUUCGUCAGCAACAUUGGCAGCGAGCACUUUAUUGGCCUAGCUGGCUCGGGAGCAGCAAGUGGUUUUGCUGUAGGCGCUUGGGAGUUCAACGCCAUUUUUCUCCUUCAGCUUCUGGGCUGGGUGUUCAUUCCAGUUUAUAUCCACUGUGGGGUGUACACAAUGCCAGAAUACCUCUCAAAGCGCUUUGGGGGAAAACGGCUAAAGGUUUACUUUGCUUGUCUUUCCCUUUUACUCUACAUCUUCACCAAACUGUCAGUUGACUUGUAUGCAGGAGCUCUUUUCAUCCAGGAGUCUUUAGGUUGGAAUCUCUAUCUUUCAAUCAUCCUGCUAAUUGCCAUGACGGCACUGCUGACAGUAACAGGUGGCCUGGUUGCGGUGAUCUACACUGACACUAUUCAGGCCAUACUUAUGAUCAGCGGAGCUUUGAGCCUUACAGCCAUCGGCCUGAUCAAGGUGGGUGGACUAGAUGGUGUUAGAGAGAAAUACAUGGAGGCUGUUCCAAAUGUCACAGCUAUUCUUGCCAGGUACAACUAUAGUUUUGAGUACACCAAUUCCUGUCGCAUCCACCCAAAGUCAAAUUCCCUCAAGCUCUUACGAGGACCCCUUGAUGAGGACAUUCCCUGGCCUGGGUUCCUGUUAGGCCAGACUCCAGCCUCCAUCUGGUACUGGUGUGCUGACCAGGUCAUAGUACAAAGAGUACUUGCAGCUAAGAACAUUGCCCAUGCAAAGGGCUCAACCCUAAUGGCAGGCAUACUGAAAAUUCUUCCUAUGUUCAUCAUCGUUAUUCCAGGAAUGAUCUCCAGAAUAAUGUUUGCAGAUGAGCUGGCAUGUAUCGGGCCUGAGCACUGCAUGGCAGUGUGCCACAACCAGGCUGGCUGCUCUAACAUUGCCUACCCUCGACUGGUCAUGAGCAUUAUGCCAGUGGGUCUGCGUGGACUGAUGAUGGCUGUUAUGAUUGCUGCCCUCAUGAGUGACUUGGACUCUAUCUUCAACAGUGCCAGCACCAUCUUCACCUUGGACAUCUACAAGUUAGUGCGCAAGUGUGCCUCAUCGAGAGAGCUGGUUUUCGUAGGCCGAGUGUUCGUGAUCGUCAUGGUAGGCAUCAGCAUAGCCUGGGUGCCAGUUAUCAUUAAGAUGCAAGGUGGCCAAAUGUACUUGUACAUCCAAGAAAUUGCAGGAUAUCUUACACCACCUAUUGCUGCACUCUUUCUGCUUGGCAUCUUCUGGAAGCGUUGUAACGAGACAGGUGCCUUUUGGGGUGGCAUGACUGGCUUUGCUCUGGGUACCACACGUCUUAUCAUUGGUUUUAUCUAUCGUGAGCCCAGCUGCGAUCAGCCAGAUGAACGACCUGCCUUUAUCACACAUGUCCACUAUAUGUAUGUAGCCGCUGGACUUUUCUGGAUCUCAGGCCUGGUAGCAGUGGUCAUCAGUCUUUGUACUCCUCCUCCAAGCAAGGACAAGAUUGUGCGUACCACAAUGUGGGGACUACGCAAUAUGGAAAAGUUGCCUCUGACUGAUCGGAAAGAGAUCUACAAGUUGGCCAAUAAAAAUUCUGCUCACUGCAAUGGCAAUGGUACCUGUCAGGAAGACCUGCCUGUAGAUGUUCACAAAGAACAAUGUCUUGAUGGAGCUGAUCUUAAACUCCUCAUGCCUUGCCCUAGUGACCAGGAUCCUACAACACCCAGUACAGAGGCACCAACCCCAGUGGAGACAUACAGUAAUGGGCAUGCAGAGUUGUCAGGGCAACUCUGGGAGGAUGGAGGCAAAAGCAAGUGGGGGGCUUUCUGGUGCCUAUUUAAUUGGUUUUGUAAACCUAAGGAACAGACAGCGGCAUCAACACCAAAAGUCAUUAUAGAAGAUGAACGUGUCAUUCAGGAAAUGCUUUAUGAGCCCCCUAAAAUCAAGCUUUUGCUAAACAUUUGUUUGGUAAUAGUCUGUUCUGUGGGUGUCAUCAUGUUUGUCUACUUCUCCCUGUAACAUGUUGAUCUUCUCACUGUACACAUAUAUGAUAUAUUUAUGACUACAAAAGCUUUUGGAUUCUUUAAAAGAACAUGAUUUUUUUUGUAGUUUUUAUAAGAGGGACUUUCUGAAUAUUCUGAAAAAAGAUUUUCGUUCCAUUGACUUCAAAUGAAAUCACCAAUUGUGUGAAUAUAUUAUAACCAAAAGCACUACUGAUACAAUGGACCAAUAUAUAUUAUGUAAUAACUGCAAAAUCUGUGAAUUCCGCCUUAUUUAUUGUAAGCCUUUCCUUAUCAAAGCGUCAAACAUGGGGUGAUGGCUGUGUUUUGUAUAUGCGUUUCUAUUUGUUGUUUAUCCAUUACAAUGUGUAAUAUCAUCCAAAACUAAAUAAUAGUAAAUUUUCCACCUUAUUGUCUAAUAUAUAAAGGACAUGGUAGCCUAAUGUUUAAGGUGUUUGACUAUUGAUAAGAAGGUCAUUAGAUCGAAUCCCAGGCCCACCAAGCUGCCACUGCUGGUCCCCUGAACAAGGCACUUAACCCUGUUGUAUAAAAAUGUAAGUCACUGUGGAUAAGGGUGUCUGCUAAAUGUGAAUAUAUAAGUAAAUAGGGAUACAUGUGUUUUAUGUACAAUUAUGCUUUUCAGUGCUGUUGUAAGUGUUGUGACAUCUGCCUGAACAUAACUCUGUUUCUAAGUGCUAGUUCGAAUUCAGUCACUGUAUUUCUAUUUAGCUCCUUUUAAUUUGUUUUUUUGCAGUAUCACAUAAAUCGUUAAUGUCUAAGAGCAAUGUUUAGUGCACAUAUGUACACAAAUGCUUUAUUCACCACUAAAAUGCCUUCUUUUCAAGUAGAAAUCCAAAGUUUGGGUAUUGGAUGAAAUUCUGAUUGCUGUGCAAAAUAUUUAGUUCUUCUAGAGGAAGAAUUUCAUUUUGUGGGUGUUGCAAGAACAUGCAUUGUUUUUAUACUGAUUUUGAAUACACUGUUUAGUAUAAGAGCAAAUUAGUGGUUGAUUUUCGCUAAAUGCAGAUAUGAAGGGUUAGUUACCAAAACUGACUGUUGUAGAUGACAGGAAUUGGCAUCAUAAAGCGUUACCAAUAUAUUGCUCUUUGGAUAGUGUUGAAUCAAAUUUCAGAAACUUGGAAGUAUAGUUGGAAUAUUAUUAUUUAGAUCAAAAUACCAUGCCAUGUGUUGUUGCUAAAACUGAGUAGGGUUCAAAUUGUGUUAUAAGGUCUUCUUUUGGCAUUUUACCCUAAAUUAAUUAAUUAAAUGUAAAAGGUCUGCUAUGUUCGGUGCCACUGAAAAACAUCUUAAAACAAGCACAACUGGAUUAGUUAAAAUUUGGAUUAUUCCUAGUUUUGUGGUCCAGCAUAAAUAAGUAAUGUGAAUAAAUAACAAAUUAAAAAAAAAUCCUUGGAUUCUUCUUCUUGUGGUUUUAUUUUGCAGGGAAUUGAUUGAUAAACUGGGUAUUUACAUGUUCAGAAAUAACUUAUGCUGCCCUUACUUAUGUUAAUGCUUUUAGUCUGAUCAUUUUAUUGUUAAUAUUUUCAGUUUAGGAAACUAUGGCCCAGGUUCAGACAUCUGCUUCACUUUAUCUGUUUUGCUUCAGAAAGACUGAAAUCAAAUGUAAAUGCUGCAUUGCAAUUCCACUUGUAUUUCCAGUUACUGCUUUGGAUAAAACUGGUUUGACUAUUAGCAUUCUAAAAUAAAUCUGCAAAUCCUUUUCCCCCCUUAAAAUCAGAACAGAACCGACAUUCCGACUACAUUUCUGUAGACCACUGUGUUUUGCUACAACUUCUCUGCAGUCAGAGAAAGUGUUGGAUGUAUACGUAGCUUGAAUUAGCUUGAUAUGUUAAUCACUUCUCAGAUUAGUCAUAAAUGAACAGAUUUAUCAGUUUACUGCUUUGAAUUUUUUAUGACUAAAUAAAGACAAACUUGUUUUGGCAGAACCAGA